GAAAACACAAGAGCCCGGCAGAGUCGCGAUUCUACAAGACCAAAAUGAAGGUCUGCACCAAAGUCUGCUGAAAACGGCGGUGAGGAUGGAGUGUUUAGGAGAGGAAUUCAUCAGCAGCCAAAAGGUUUUGGAGACUGAACUUCAGAGGACACGCAUGGAGCUCAGCAACCUCAUGGACAGAUUUAAAAGUCUCCAGGAUGAUUGCUCCUCCACACAACAGACCAACAGUCUUCUGGAGCAAAGGCUUCACUUAAUGCUUCAGAACAUGGAAGGGGAACGGGAAAGGUUGAACUGGCGUAUUUCAGAGCUGACCGAGCAGCUCACUGAUGUAAAAAUCGCCAACACCAUGGAGGAAAUAAAUCAGAUGACUUCAGUGCCACACCAACUCAAUCUUCAGUCUCAGGCUGAUAAUGCCCUCACUCAAGCGGUUCCUCCCAUAGCCCCUCCUCCAGCUCAGUUCAUGGACGACCACAAUUAUGAGAAUGAGAAAAGUCCUGGGCAGGAGCAGCCAUUGGGUUCGGUUCCAGAGGAGGAGGAAUCUGAUUGGUCAGAGCUGGGAGAGGAGACCCCACAACUUAUGUUGACAGGAGCAAACAGGGGUCAAACAUGGAGACACCAGGAAUCAGAUAUGGACAAAGACAGUGAAUCGGGAAGUGAGGAAAUCUUCAGGAGACACUCUCCGUACCCACUGCCGAUCCCUCAUCUCCAGUUCACCAUUCACAACGAGUUCUUACCACCAGUGCACACCACCUCCUGCCCUUCUGGCUUCAAAAAUCUGUCUGACACCGCCUGUCAAAACCUCAAGUCUGCCAUCCUGAUCCGGUCUGCGAGCCUGGAAGAAAUCCCUCUGGCACGCCACCAUGUGUGCAAAGAGCUAAGAGGCACAGAAGCUGUGAUGAACCUGCACCACUCAGCAGACGAGGCCGCCGAAGAUUUAGACGACGAGAUCCUUCAUCACUGGAGAAUGAGGAGCGACAGGGACACGGUUAUUAGGAGGCUGACAAGAAGCAGAGGGGACGAGGUGGACGGCAGCAUGGCUGGCCUGCACUCAGCAGAGCAGCUGCUCAAACACCUGAUGUGUGAUUCCAGCGAGAGGGCGGAGCCAGGCAGGGCCGAGGUGCACGUCUGGGCAGAGGGGAUCUCAGACAAAGCGCUGAAUGUGGAGCGAACUCAGCUGUGACCAGACACUGAUAACAAUUACAGUAUUUGUCUUUAAUGUACAUACAUCUGAUUUAAAGGUUUAUGCAGUCAUUCAACGUGAAUGCACCCCAAUCCUAACCGUAACCCAAAUUUAACAGUAUUUCCUGAUAGGUUGGCUCCUCCCACUGUUGCUUAUUGGCGUAAGUGCGAUGGCUGUUGAAAAAAAGAACAAACGUUUGGGAUCAUUUUUAAUUAUUGUUGUUUUCAGUGGAAACACGUUACAUUAGUCUGAAUAAACAGGACAAAUGGGCACAGUCAGUAUUAGAAAUUAAACAUUUUCAUGAAAAUUGUGACAGUUUCUUCAAACUUUACUUUCAUUAAGAAACAAACAAAAACCACUUUUGUUAUCACUUAUCCUGACAGACUUUGAACAAGAUCUGCGGUUCCUGGAGCAUCUCCCACGUCAUGGCCUGGUCUGGAGACCUCCUCCAUCCAUACGAAACGCUCCCGCUGAUCCACAACAACUCAUGGGAUUCAGAUUCUGGUGCUAGCCACUCUAUUAGUGUCUGAUUCAGACUCACUGCUUAUUCUCUGAAUGUUACACAUUUAGGAGGAAUAUUUGGUCAUCUUUAAAUUGAGGGAUGAAAUCAUCCCUAAUCAAGUCCUUUCCUUAAAUUUUGGUUUAGUGGUUUUCAUUUUGUUCAAAUCUCCAGUCCAGAGUGCAUCCUCCUUAUCCUGCACAACGGACUGGGUUUAUUUUUCCUACUUCACAGUGGGAUUUUCAUGCUCAGAUAAAUUAAAGGUGUAGUUCACAAUUUUUAUGAUUAUUUCUGAUUAUAAUCGACCACUCUGAGUUUUUCAUACUGGCUGAACAUUAAAAUAGUCUCCUACACCUAUCUCCUGCAUUCACUUCUGAUAGAAAAUAGAUGGUGAAACUCUAGGAUUUGAAAUUCCUGACAGAUCAACAUCACACUGUCACUUAACAAUCAUGGAGUCACCCAUCUUGACUCACAAUGUGUUGUUGGUUUAACCUCCAGGAAACCGCAGAGGACGUCUUGGCUAGCAGAAGCUAACUGUUAGCAACUCAACCACAUGGCACAAGCUCCUGCAGGCUUGUGUUAUUUGUGGAGAUAAAACAUCAGUGUUGCAAGAGUUGUGUUGCUGUUAUCCAAUCAAAGGUGAGCUGUCCAAAUAUCAGGAAAUAACUCCAAAUCCUGCCGUGCUAAGCUCUCCUCUGAUGUGGCAGACUUGUCGCUGCUGAUGCAGGCGUUUCUGGGCUUUUUUUUUUUUUGCCCCGAGUACGGCUUGCAAGGCAUUUAUUCCUACCAGAGACCACUGCACAAGCAUUGAUUAAUUGAGUUUCCCACACCUUUAAAUAUGAUUAUUAGAGCUGAUAUUUUCUGAAAAAACGGGAGGCAGGAGAAUACACGUUUUGGAACAUCAUCUGCUCCUCCUAAACCUCCAAA